AUGAAAGAACUGUCACAACCUCUAGAAGAAAUCCGACUUCCAGGACCGAACGAUAGAAAGCACUCGAACCAGUUCAGCCGUUCACAGAAAGAAGAAAUCCGCGAUUCUCUCCAACAUAAGAAAACUCAAUGGUUACAAAUCUCAAAGGGGGCGAAAGCAAGAGCCGAUGGCUAUGCUAAUAAGGAUAAGUUAUCCUCGGUAAUAAUACAAAUAGACUCGAUAUUAGCCAGAAUGGUUUCUUACGACUAUGACGAAAGGUCUAAACUAGUAACCGAUAUCCUUCCAAGUGAACGCUCUUGGAAGCUUUUGGAUCAGGAUAUUGCUUCUAUGAUAAAGGAUAUCAGAUUGUGGUCUUCUGGGAUGAAGGAGAAGAAUCUUCUUGAAUUCUUGAAGAUUCUAACAUGCAUUUUAUAUCAAACAAGAGCGAUAAUCCUUAAAAGAAUCAACUCCAUCUUGAUGAAAGUAAUUGAGCUGUACACCAGCAAGAACUCUCCGGAAUUGAAUUCCAAGAUCAUUGAAUUGCAACAACUUACCAUCAACAAUCACCAUUUGAUGGUGCAGUACUUCACGAACUCCAGACCUAAUUAUCUUGAUGCAAUUGUCCCUGUUAGAUUCCCCACAACAUGGUUCAAAAAAUCAUUGAGUAUGGAACAAACCCAGAGAGAUUAUGAUAUCUCUAAUCACCACAAGAACUUGAUCCCUGAACAGCAAACCUUUUAUUUGCCCAUAGGUAUCCACUCCAACUUGGGAGAAGUUAGUGGUUUCUUGUAUAAUAUCAUCAAGGAAUUUAUUGAUAUCUUCAACAAGUACAAUGCCAACAAGCCCAUUAUCUAUACUUUGCAAUCAGGACAAAACAUCUAAUUCAGCACUACAUAGACUACGAAUACCCUUAAUGUAAUAUCUUUAUAUUCC